AUGGCCGCGCUGCUCACCUCCUUUUCACCGGCGUUUUCCUGCCCCGCAUCCUCGAGCAAGAGGCCAGUUAUCACCACCUCGUCCUUCAUCUUGCCGGUCGGUCGUGAGCACAACUUCCCGGCCCUGAAGACGGCUGCUGCCCGCCCGCGCCUUGCGCUCGCCCGGGCUCAGAACGGCGACGCGCGGCCGCGGGCCAGACAGCCACCGCUCGCCGGCGACCACUUCCACGACGAGAUGGAGCGAAUCACGCAGCACUACCUCGACAUCAUCUCCAGCGACAGCGACUUCCUCUACGCCGAGGCUACGGCGAAGUCGGCGCGGGUCUGCCUCUCUGCCAACAAGGCCCUCAUCAUGGCGUCCCGCGUGGUGGACAGCGCGCGACUCAACCUCAGCGCGCCCAGCGAGAUCUCCGCCGAGACCAUCCACGGGACCGUCCGCACGUAUGCGGCCGUCUUCUCCGCCGCCGCUGACGACUCUUACAAGAAGACGGUCAACAGGAACACGGUGGCCUCGUUCCUCGGCGCCCUGAGAGGUCUGGCCGCCGUGAGCCACAUCCUGCUCCAGGGCGCCCUCGAGUCCCUCUGCCACGGGCACCCGAGGGUCGCCGUGUCCGAGUACGCUUUCAACUCCGACGUGGAGAACAUGUACCGCGAGUUCGUGCAGGGGAUGCGCGAUGUGGAGGAUGAGAUACGGAGCGCUAGCGCUGUGAAGACGUGCAGGCUGGUGGUGCCGGUGAUCCUUGCCAGCACGGAGCUCACGGGGUCCUUCGUGGGACUUAUGCUGGAUCGGCGUAGGAGGGCGCUGGAGAAGGCGCGUAGCGAAUCGGCGGUAGUAUGA